GCCCUCGCAAAGUCCCACCCGCAUCUCCACAUUAGUGUGCGGUCCCCACAUCACUGGCAGUCAUUGAUAUCUAGGGCUGAAAAGCCACGCGGGCAAAUAGAACCAAUGAGGAUCUCGUUCUUGUCGCCUCGGUCAACGCAGAGCCCGAUAUGCCGAAAUGCAGCAAUCAAUCCAUUACGCCGUUGCGGGCUUUGCGGUGUAUGUCAUGGGAAUCAGAACGUCGAUCGCCAACCAGGCGCCGAUGUGUUAUAGCAUUCUGUAUGACGGUUUAGAUCGGAUUUUUUUCUACACAUCUGCCAUGGCAUAUUUGGACUCUCAUACUUGACAAACACGACUCGGCUUGAUCUUCUGCUUUACCGCCACCCGGUCAGCGGUUCUACUAACUUUUCCGACAUGGUCCACACCGAGGACGACCACUCGCAAAAUGCCGAUUCGGUGAAGAGAGUUGAAGAUGGAACGCAGAGCACUUCAAGUGCUGCUGGCACUCCAGAACCUCCGCUCCAGCAAAGCCAUCAAGACGAUGGAGGCAUGGUAAAAGAGCGGAUAGGCAUGACUCAGGCGAAGAAUGAGGCCGAUACUGUUGCAACCAACGACGACGAGGAGCCACAGAGAAGUAAGGGGACGACAGCUAUAAUCAUGCUGGCACUGGGCAUCGCAGUGUUCCUUGCUGCCAUAGACGUCACCAUUAUCACAACCGCCUUGCCCUCGAUAUCCGAGCAUUUCGGCUCCACGGCUGGCUAUACCUGGAUCGGCUCUGCAUACCUCCUAGGCAAUGCUGCCUCGACUCCGUUGUGGGGCAAGUUCUCGGACAUUUGGGGCCGGAAACCUGUUCUACUGAUCGCCAACGUUGUUUUCUUCAUAGGAUCGCUGCUUGCCGGGGUUGCGGUCAACAUUGGCAUGCUCAUUGUUGCUCGCGCCAUCCAAGGCGUUGGCGGAGGUGGAUUGGUAAUCCUGGUAAACAUCUGCAUUGGGGAUCUCUUCAGCAUGCGCAAGCGCAGUGCGUAUUACGGAAUCAUCGGAGGCGUCUGGGCCAUUGCCUCUGCCUUGGGUCCGAUCAUGGGAGGUGCUUUCUCGCAAUUCGUAACCUGGAGAUGGUGUUUCUACAUCAAUCUCCCACUGGACGGAAUCGCAUUCGUUAUCAUCUUCUUCUUUCUGGACCUACACAACCCCAGAACUCCGCUCUGGGAAGGCAUCAAAGCCAUCGACUGGCUCGGAGCGCUCCUCAUCACCGGCGGGACCGUAAUGUUCCUCCUCGGACUCGAAUUCGGAGGCAUCACCCACCCAUGGAAAUCAGCCACGGUCCUCUGCCUGAUCGUCUUCGGCGCAUUCACCAUCUUCAUCUUCUUCCUAAACGAAUGGAAGCUCGCCAAGUACCCCAUAAUCCCGCUCCGCAUCUUCCAACACCGCUCCAACCUCGCCGCCCUGGGCGUCUGCUUCUGCCACGGCGCAAACUUCGUCGCCGCCUCCUACUUCCUCCCCCUCUACUUCCAGGUCGUCCUCGGCGCAACCCCAAUCCUCUCCGGCGUCUACUACCUCCCCACCGUCCUCGCCCUCUCAUUCGCCUCCGCCGGCGUAGGCGUCCUGAUCCGGAAAACGGGCCUCUACCUCCCGCCCAUCUGGGCCGGCAUGGCGCUCAUGACCCUCGGCACCGGCCUCUUCAUCGACCUGACCCCAACCUCCUCAUGGGCCAAAAUCAUCCUCUACCAGGCCGUCGCCGGCAUCGGCGUCGGACCAAACUUCCAGAGCCCCCUGAUCGCACUACAGUCAGGCAUCUCACCGCGUGACAUUGCCAGUGCAACGGCGACGUUCGGCUUCACGCGCAAUCUUGGCACCGCGAUCUCUGUCGUCAUUGGCACUGUCGUCUUCCAGAAUGUCAUGGAGUCGCAUACGGCCGAACUUACCGCGGCUGUGGGUGGUCGGACUGCCGCGCAGCUCAGCGGCGCCAACGCUGUUGCCAAUGUUGGGGUGGCAAAUGCACUGCCAGAGGUACAGCGUGAUGUCGUCCGUACGGCGUUUGCGGCUAGUCUGAGUAAGAUGUGGAUUAUGUACACAGUGAUUGCAUUUGUUGGGCUGGUUUCAGGCUUGUUCAUCAGGAAGAACCAAUUGAGAAGGGAGCAUAAGGAGUUGAAGCAGGGACUGGAGGGUGAAGUCGAGAGGAAGAAGGAGGCGGAUGAAGCGAGAAGGAUACGUAAGGAGGAGACGAAGAGGCAGUCGGGAAAAUUGGAUGGGAUAGCAGAAAAGGUGUAG